AUGCAAUAGGACAUCACUACUAAUGUAUGUCCGCCAUUUGUUGAAGCGACAGCUGUGCCUCGAUUUUGUUCAUUUUGUUUCUGCGUAAAAACUUAUAAAUGUUACGUUCACAGUCCUGAUUUACAUAUUUGUAAUUAUUGAAGAGUAGUCUUCAAGAUGGCAGAAAAAGUCGAGACAAAGUCUGAGGCACUUCCGGACCUUGAUGAUUUAUUGCAAUGUCCUGUGUGCUAUGAAAUCCCCACUGGCCAGAUAUUCCAAUGCAAUGAGGGCCACCACGUGUGUGGGCGUUGCAAGAUGCGUCUUGACAUGUGCCCUGUUUGCCGAGCUCUGUUCUUUGGAACACGAAAUUAUGCAAUGGAAGAGCUCAUAGCCAAUGUUAGGAAACUGAGAGCUUUUAAACUUGGUGGCAAAGUUACCACUGGUACUGAUGCUGCUGAAAGUAGUACUCCCGCCAGUACCGAAACUACAGAACCUGGGAUAGUCAACGAAGAAGAGGAAGAGCCAACUCCAGAGUCUUCAAAUCAAGUAGUAAUUAGAGCUCCACAAGCAUGCAAGGGUCUGUUUCGCUGCCUUUGCUGUAAAACUGGCAAUGGCGAGCGACUGCCCGCUGCGCGCCUGCUCAAUCAUCUGCGUUAUUAUCAUUCGCCAGAACUUAUUGAGGGUCAGUCAGAAAAUGGAGAGUAUGUACAGGCUUGGCAAUUUUCUACCGUACCUGGUAGGAUUGUUACUGCAGUACGCAUUUCUGACAUGGGAGUAUUCUUCUUGAUUAUUGAAAUAAAUAGUGACUCAGUUUGUGCAUGGCUUGCAAUGGCCGCGUCGCCAUGGAUAGCCCACGAGUUUUGCUACACAGUGACCAUUUCUGGAAACGACCGAGAAGCAAUUUUUUCGGACUGUGUGUGGUCCGUGCGGUCCUGCGAGGGCUCCCUCAAGAAGCGGGGUCGCUGCCUCAUGGUGAACGGCCUGGACGCGCGCGCGCUCGUCGCUCCGGUGGCCAUCUGCGGCAAGCUGGCGGUGCGCCGCACGCCGCACGAGCAGCUCGCGCAGCUGCCGCAGCCGCGCGCCGUGCUGCGCGUCGCGAGCCGCGGCAACGCGCGCGACGGCACACGCUUGCAGGCGCGCGACGAGCUGGAACCGUUCCUCCAGGACCUCCAGAACGACGUCGCCCGGCUCUCCCGCGCGUUCGCCACCCUCGGCCGCGAGGCCGACGCGCUCGUGCGCUCCGAGGCCGAGAUGCGCGCCCGCAUCGAGAACGGAGCCCGACCCAACGUCGAGCGGGAGCCCGAACCCGCGCCGGUGGAGCCGCCGCCGGUCGCGCCCGUCGAGCCCGACGACGGCGGCGCCCCGCGGGAGAUGUCCCGCAACGCUCGCCGCCGGCUCCGCCAGCGACUGCGGGCGGCGAUGAACGAGCCCCCGCGGGCCGCCCCUGUGCCGCCCGAGGCGCAGCUUCCGAACGGGCGGCCCACGGUGGUGAGCAUGCGCCAGGCGCCCGUGCCGCCGCCGCCCGCGCCGCCCGUGCCGCCGCCCGCCAGCGGCCCGUCCAACGGACACGCGGCAGGAGCCCAGGGCCGCACGAACAAAAAGAAACGUCGUCAGCGCAGAUAAAUAGUUAUGUUACGUUAUGUUAGUUACUAACUUUAUGGGAAGGUAUUAUUCCGCAUAAUUUUAACAGCUCUUUUUCAAGAGUCUCAGAAGUCUUUCCUCUGGGGAAUCCUCAAAUAGACUUGUUGUAUAUAAAUGUUUUCGUCUUUUGACAAACGCAAUUUUUUACAAGUGCUGUGAUAUAAAUAUUUCAUGGUGAUGCCAUGCCGAUGAAUGGAUUGAUACUUAAUCGAUUUCUUAAAUACCCCCAGAG